AUGGGAGGCAACUGCUGUUUCGUCCACUUCCUGGUCGCCGCCGUACUUGUCCACUUCCAUGGCGCUGUUGUCGGGCAGUACCUGAACCAGACUAGUCAUUGUCACCCUGCCGACCUGGAGGCGCUUCUGGCCUUCUCCAAGGGCCUGGGCACGGACGACGCCGGGCUUGUCGGAUGGGAAAGUCCCAACGACACCUCCUGCUGUUCCUGGACCGGCGUCUCAUGCGAUCUUGGGAGGGCGGUCGGCUUGUAUAUCUCCAACAAGAGCCUAAGUGGCGGCAUCUCCUCCUCCAUCGCCUCCCUCGACAGCCUCGUGGCGAUAAACCUCUCCCGGAACUCUCUUUGCGGCCAGGCGCCCGUGGAGCUCGGCCGGCUCCCGGGCUUGCGUGUGCUUGACCUCAGCGUGAACCUGUUCUCCGGCGGAUUCCCAGCCAGCGAGGAUGGCUUUCCUGCUAUCGAGCUGGUCAACAUCUCCUUCAACAGAUUCGACGGGCCGCACCCUUCGUUCCCCGCCGCGGCGAAGCUAACGGUUCUUGACAUCUCCGGCAACACCUUCUCCGGCGGCAUCAACUCAUCCGCGCUCUGUCAUGCGCCGGUACAGGUUCUGCGGUUCUCAGGGAAUGGGUUCUCCGGUGAGGUGCCCAGCGGCCUGAGCCGAUGCAAGGCGCCCGUGGAGCUCUCUCUCGACCGAAACGACUUGACUAGCGACCUCUCCAGCAACCUGUGCACGUUGCCCAAGUUGAUGAGGCUUCGCUUACAGGAAAACCAGCUCACUGGCAGUCUCGACAAUGCCCUUGGUAACCUCUCUCAGCUUGUGCCGCUUGACUUGUCCUAUAACAGGUUCACUGGCUCCAUCCCUGAUGUGUUUGGAGGCAUGAGGAGGCUGGAGGAUAUAAACUUGGCCUCCAAUAUGUUCGAUGGUGAAUUACCAGCUUCCUUGUCGUGGUGUCCAAUGCUGAGGGUAAUCAGGCUAAGGAACAAUUCGCUGUCUGGUGAGAUUGCUAUUGACUUCCCCUUGCCGUCGAGGCUGAACACUCUUGACAUUGCAACCAACGGUCUGAUUGGUGCUAUACCUCCUGGCAUCGGAUUGUGCAGUGAGUUGAGGACUCUGAAACUUGGAAGGAACAAGCUUGUGGGGGAGAUACCAGAGAGCUUUAAGGAUUUGAGAUCCCUGUCGUACCUAGGACUCGUAGGAAAUGGCUUCACGAACCUAUCUUCAGCAUUGCGAGUUUUGCAACACCUGCCCAACCUGACUAGUUUGGUGCUCACCAGGAAUUUCCGCGGUGGUGAGACAAUUCCUGUGGAUGGCAUCAGUGGGUUCAAGGGCAUGCAGGUGCUCACGGGCGUAAUUCCACCUUGGCUACAGAGCUUGGGAAGCCUCAAUGUGCUCGACAUUUCUUGGAACAAGUUAAAUGGGAAUAUCCCGCCAUGGCUAGGGAAGCUGGACAACCUCUUCUACAUCGACCUGUCAAACAAUUCUGUGGUCCGUUGGUUAACUUCUGUUCCCACUUCUUCAGCUUUGGGGAAGAUAACAAGACUGCUUGCUGUCUGCUGGGAAGUGGAGGAAGCUCACGGUUCAUAUCCGCCUCGAGGGAACCGGUGGGAGAAAAGGGAGUGGACAGAUGAAAUCGCUAUGAGAAAUCAUGUUGCCCAUUGCACCACUGAUCUGGGCCCAAUCACAAGCAUGGACAAAACUGCCAAUGUGGUAUUGGAUAUUGAGGGUCUGCCUCAACCACCUGAUAAAUGCUGCUCUGGAAGUCCAAAAAUUAUUAGGGCCUUGUCACGUAAGGGUUCAAAUCGGAUGGAAAGGAGGGGCGGUGAUGAGCAGGAGCAAGAGGAUUUGGCGAAAAAACUUAUCAUCAAAGUUGUGCCAUCUCAACUGGAGCAGCCCCUGGGCCAGAACAAGGCUCUGGUUGCUCCACAUUGUACUCCCUGCACACCUGUUCUUAUUGAUUCUGGGGAAGGAAGGAGCAAAAGAUUCAGUCGAUUCACAUCCAUCAACCCUCGGAAAAUCCUCCUCUUAUUCGCGACGCUGUCGAGUGUGGGGACGACGAUACUGAUCUACUUCACGCUGGCGAUCAACAGCAAAGCGGAGGCGUAG